AUGAGCCACACCGACUCGCCCGACCCAACGUCAGAAACCGAACCGCUCCUGCAGCCUCAACAAACCGAGGAUGCGAACAUCGGGCCGCUGAAGGUGUCCCCCGUCACGCUCAUCUUCCCGGUCGUCCUGGUCUACCGCCUGGCGAUGCUCCUCCCGAGCACGACCACGUUCUACAUGCUCAAGCAGUUCGCCUGCCGCCUGUGGUACGUCCUCCACGACCCCGACGCCAUCCCGCCCGGCGGGCUGUCCGACGAGCAGUGCGCGAUACCGCCCGUCCAGCGCAUGUUCUCCGCCAUGCUCACCUUUGUCGCCAUCAUGGACGGCGUCGGCUCCGUCGUCGGCUACAGCGCGCUCAGCUUCUUCUCCUCGCGCCACGGCCGCAAGCCCGUCAUGCUCGCCAUGCUCGCCCUCGCCUCCUGCUACGGCGCCUCCCUCGUCCUCUCCACCCUCGUCCCGCCCGGCGCCCCCGAGCUCGCCCUCCUCGCCCUCUGGCUGCUCGCCCUCUCGCUCGCGUCCCCGCCCGUCUUCGGCUUCCUCGCCAACAUGUUCGUCGUCGACACCACCCCCGCCGCCGCCCGCACCGCCGGCAUGAGCGCCCAGAGCGGCUGGAGCAUCCUCGGCGGCGCCGUCUCCUUCUCGCUCGGCGGCCUCAUCACCAAGCGCGCGGACAACGUCCUCGUCGUGUACUGCCUCUCCGCGGGCAUGCUCGCCGCGCUGGGCGCGUACGUGUUCUUCGUCGUCCCCGAGUCCUUCACGCGGGACAGGCGCGAGGCGCUCCGGCGCCAGCGCGCCGAGGCCCAGCGUGCGUCGGGCUCAUCGAGUUGGCGGCGCCUCGUCGCGCCGUUCGAGCCGCUGAAACAGUUCAGGCCCGCGCGCAACCCGCGCACGGGCCGGCGCAACUGGCGCCUCUUCUACUGCGCGGUGCACAUCUUUGCCGCGCAGCUCGCAGACGCGUACGGCGCGGUCUCCAUCGUGCUCUACCUCACCGCGCGCUUCGACUACAAGCCGUCCGAGACGGGGUACGUCCUCACCACCCUGAGCCUCGUCGACGUGUUCACCCUCACGGUCGUCCUGCCCCUCCUCGUCCGGCGCGUCCUGCGCCCGUUCUACCUCCGCCCGAAGCCGAACGGCAGCACGGACACGAGCGACCGCCUCGACGUGCACAUCGCGGUCGCCUCGUGGUGCGUCAACGCCGCCGCGUACGUCCUCCUCGGCGCGGUGCACACGCGCGCCGCGCAGAUCGGCGUGGGCUUGACUCGUGGAUGCGGGGCGGAUAUAGCGGUCGUCCUCCUCGGGUUCGGCAGCGGCGGCGGCCCCGUCGCGCGCAGCCUCGUCGUCGCGACCGUGCACCCGCUCAAACAAGGCGACGCGCUCGGCGCGGUGGAGAUGGUCUCGAGCCUCGGCACGCUGCUCUCGCCCGUCGUCAUGGGCAGCGUCAUGACCGCGUGCGUGCCCUUCCUCCCCCUCCUCCGCAUUCGCGACUUGGCACAUGUGACCAUCUCGACGCUCCCGCAAGUCGUGUUCUGGGUCCACGGGGCGAUCGUCGUCUCUGCCGUGAUGGUCCUCUUCCUCGUGCGCGACUCGGAUAGGUACCAGGGCCCGCGGGACGAGCCGCCGCAGGAAACGUCACGCUCUGAAUCGUAG